AUGACGACGCAGACAACACAGCAACAGAUCCAUCUGCCUCCAAGUCCACCUCCAUCACCGCCAAAUGCAAGGCGAAGGCAACAAAAGAAGAAGAAGAAUUCCGAUCCAUUCCUAGAUCUCGACCUCACACCUCCCCAUCUUUCACCAGCAUCAACUCUAGACUUCGACUGCGAUGCGCCUGAAGUGAAAGACUCCCUCGUCACCCAGCUAUUCGUCACCCCCAUCCUCUUCUCAUCAUUCAUCAUCUCACUCACCAUCAUCAACCUCCGCGACCGCGCAUACCGCUUCGCAGAGCACAACCCCACCGCCAACACGAUGCUAUCCUGGGUAUCCCCCUCCGCCUGGCUCGACCCAGAACCCUACCAGGACCCCAUCGACAGCCGCUGGGAGCACCGCAACGCCGACGGCACGCACGUCGCCCCCAACGCCGUGCUCAACCCCACGCAAUCAUCCGGCGGCGGCGCCCGGAAGACCCGGUCGUGGCACCUCCGCAAGAAGAUCCGCAAGAUCACCAAGAUGGAAGUCAGCGACGCGUUCGAGAUGCGAAAGCGCGUCAUCGUCGUCAUGGUCUCCCUCUGGAUCCUCAUGGGCUUCGGCGUCGUCUACAGCGUAAAGUGGACCUGGAACAAGCUAUGGUAA